UCAUGUUACAUUUAUCGUUAGAAGAAUUGUGUAGAAUAUUCGCAGUCGUAUGAUAAUAGGUAUAAUUAUGAGAAUUAUGAACACUUUAUAAACAUAUAAGAAAAAAAUUAUAGCGGUUAUAUUUCGUUUGUAAUUUUGAAUUACGUGUAAAGAAGAUAUAAACACAAAAAUUCGAUAUUUGCUUACGUGCGUGCGCGAUAUAGCAAGAUUCCACAGGGAACACAUUGAUUGGCUUAAUGUUUGAAUAAUAUCGAAAAAAGAUUAGAUACCACGCUAUUGUAUUACUGAUAUCGGCAUCGUUGAAGGUAUCUCGCGAAUGUUUAUUGCAUGUGCGUUCGAGAGAAAUACGCCUUUUUACAACGAUAAGAGUGGAUAUACCAAUCGGAUACCGAGCCAACAGCUGCCAGUUGCAUUAGUCAGCAUUAGUUUCGGCUAUUGUGUUUGACUGAGCACAGUAUUACGAUUAUUUAACAGUCAUGGAAUUACCAUCGGCAUUGAAAACGUUAUUUAAAUAUAUAGAUGAACAUAAGCAGGAAUAUAUAAAUAAUUUGAAAGAAGCAGUAGCUAUUAAAUCCGUAUCAGCAUGGCCAGAUCACAGAGACGAAAUAGUAAAAAUGAUGAAAUUGGCAGAAGUGAAACUGAAAAAUCUUGGAGCAACUACAGAAUUGGUUGAUGUAGGCAAACAGACUCUUCCUGAUGGUAGCGAAAUUCCACUUCCUCCUGUACUACUUGGCGACCUUGGAUCUGAUCCAAAAAAGAAAACUGUGCUUCUAUAUGGACAUUUGGAUGUACAACCAGCAUUAAAAGAAGAUGGCUGGGAUACUGAACCUUUUGUUCUUACUGAAAAAGAUGGAAAACUUUUUGGACGAGGUAGUACUGAUGAUAAAGGGCCAGUUCUUUGUUGGAUACAUGCAUUACAAGCUUACAAAGCAACUGGAAUUGAUAAUCCUGUUAAUCUCAAGUUUGUCUUUGAAGGAAUGGAAGAAAGUGGAAGUGAAGGUUUAGAUGAGCUACUUUGGGCAAAGAAAGAUAGCUUCUUAAAGAAUGUAGAUUAUGUCUGCAUAUCUGAUAACUAUUGGCUGGGUACUAAAAAACCAUGUAUUACUUAUGGUCUGCGAGGUAUCUGCUACUUCUUCAUAGAAGUCAGUUGCGCUGCCAAGGAUUUGCACAGUGGUACCUUUGGUGGAUGUGUACACGAAGCUAUGGCAGAUUUGGUUUACUUAAUGAAUACCCUGGUUGAUGUUAAUGGUCAUAUUUUGGUAGACGGUAUUUAUGAUAGCGUAGCUAAAAUAACUGAAGCUGAAUUGGCCAGUUAUAAGGAUAUAGAUUUUGAUGUGGAUGAAUUUAAGGAAACAGUUGGAACUAAGCAACUGUUACAUAAAGAGGAUAAGAUUCAACUUUUAAUGCAUCGUUGGAGGCAACCUAGUCUGUCCCUUCAUGGGAUACAAGGUGCUUUCAGUGAGCCAGGAGCGAAAACGGUAAUUCCGAGCAAGGUUAUUGGUAAAUUUUCAAUCAGGAUAGUACCUCACAUGACUCCGGAGGAAACAACCGAGAAAGUAAUUGCAUACAUAAAUAAAAAAUGGCAAGCCAGAAAUAGCCCGAAUAUUAUGAAUGUGACAAUGUACCAUGGUGGAAAACCAUGGUCCGAAAACCCCGAGCAUCCGAAUUACGUGGCCGGCCGGAAAGCUACUCAACAUGUUUACAAAAUAGAGCCCGACCUCUCUCGCGAAGGCGGGUCAAUUCCAGUUACUCUCACAUUCCAGGAAGUUACUGGUAAAAAUGUAAUACUCAUACCAGUCGGACAGGGCGAUGAUGGUGCGCAUUCUCAAAAUGAAAAAUUGAAUGUACAUAACUACAUCCAAGGGACAAAACUACUUGGAGCUUAUUUAUAUGAGGUAGCUCAAGUGUAAUAUUCCAUUGUUAAAAUUUGUUUGUUAAGGAUCUGUAAGUUAUAUAUUUCCUAUUACAAACAUACAUUUAGAUGUUCUGAUGUUCAGAUAUCUACGAAUUUAACUAUGAGCGCAAAACACUGAAUUAUAAGCUAUUUUUUCAUGAUUUUUUUUCUUACUGAAAUUUCAUCAUAAAGAUGUUUUUGUAAGAAAUUUAUAUACAUAAAAGAUUUACAUAUAUAAGAAAUUUCUAAAGCCAAUGUACAAGAUAUAUAUUCUUAGUAAAAGAAAAAAAAAUAUACAUAUAUAUAUUUCU